AUGGGAUUUUGGAGACGACGGAAUCGAGGACAGUUUGGGAGAUCACGGUUGGAUCACACUCCUUGGGUGAUCAAUUACACUUCUGAUACAUCCAAGCUACCCUUUUGACGCGCUGGACGAGGACCCUUGCGCUUCUUUCGUGUCUUCCUUCUGUUCUCAUCAGCACAUCCCGCACAGACUCUCCGGGACAGCCUUGAGAAUGCUUUCCCGCCCGUCCUCGCCAAAACGCGCAAGUCCUCGACCAGACCCUCCUCCAAAGUCGCCUCCCCCCGUCGCGCCACAUUUGCUUGAUCCAGAGCUCGACAAACCAAAGCAAGAGUCGAUCACUCUCAUCGACGCGAGUCCUCCAAAGCCACCUCAAUUGCAGGACCCUGUCCCGUUCAGCUAUUCGACCUCUGCAAACCCCGUAGAAAACCGUUGGAACCCUCCACCGCCGCCUCCGCUUCAUCUUUCGUUUACACCUGCUGUAUUUGCCGUACCAUACGAGUUAAGCAUGCCACACCGAGUUGAGCCUGAGAGACAUUCGAGCCGCCGCACUGAUGAUCGGGCAUUCGACCACUCGCAGCCAUCAACACCACCGAUAACCACUAUCCAUCACUCGCCUGCCGUUUCUGUCACCUCCCUCGCUCACUCUUCCAUCUCCUCACCCUCACCUCCUGUAGGUCAUCUCGCGUUCGUCUCCCCAUAUCCGUCGUUCUCAUAUACGCAACAGCUGCCUCCCCCGUCCGCCCAAUACUAUCAGCACCCUUCCUAUUCCUACACUCCUCCCCCUCCCCCUCCAGGCAGGUAUGCCGACGUCCCCCAAGGAUACUCUUCUGUCGUAUCUGGCGCCCCAGUGACAACGCGCGCUAUCAGGCCAGCGUAUGUUCCCACCCAAUCCUACCCUGGUCAAGCAAACUAUGUCAUUCACACCGACGAUGCUGCAACAAAAUUGAGCGAUCGUGUUCGCAGAAAGUGCUACAACUGUCGCACCACCGACACAUCCACCUGGCGACGGUCCAGCCUCACGCCAGGAAAAGUCCUCUGCAACAAGUGCGGUCUCUUCGAGCGAACUCACUCCAGGCCACGUCCGGAACAGUUUCCUCACAAGCGUGGACCAAUAGUCACGACUUCAUUCAAGUCUACUCGCACGCCUCCUCCUGCGCAGGCAAGGCUUCCGCCUAUUUCCCAGCCGGUGCCGCCUCACCAGUAUGACCAUCCUUCCAUCGCUCCGUUGAUGAACCGGAGCGACUCUCAGCAUUCACAUAGUCCCAAUGGCUCGAAUGGCACCUCGCCUGAACUUCGCAAUAUCCUCAACGGCCCGUCAGGUGCUCCCGACCACCAUGCGAAUGGCUCCCUCUCAGGUCCAGCUGAGAAUGGUCACGCACGCACCCCACCUUCCCGGACGCCUCCUCAUCAUAGUCCCCGUGUGGAACAGAGGACGCCACCACAAGCAACGUCCUGUCGUUCGUUUCGCUCUUGUCCUGCGUUCUGGGAGGCUGAGCCUCGGACUUUAUGCUUUGCCUAGAUCCGCGCACCUUUCCUGCCGGUGUUCGCACAUACAUACCGUUACGUGUGCUUUCUCUGUGGUUUUGACGAGCUGCUUGGUGCAGUGGGUGCUCUUCCAUGCUUUUUUUCAUUACGCUUUGUCGAAUCCCUUCCUGCUCCUCGGUUCUCGUUCGUUUCGCAGCUCGCUAAUCUCGUAUGUUUAUCACCCCGACUUUCGUAUAAAGAAUAGUAUACGUUCAGGCCUACAUGCUACGUCUCGUUUACCCCCUGGUACCUUUCGAAAUUCAAUUCGCCUUCUGGGCACUGCUCCCCAAUUGUCCU